AUGGAAAGGAAAACAUUGGAGAGUGAGGCAAAUCAUGAAAACUCCAAGCAUACUCAGGCUGAUCAAGAAGUUCCAAUAAUAUACUACCUUUCUAGAAAUGGACAGCUUGAGCAUCCUCAUCUCAUGUAUGUUUCAAUCUCUUCUUCACACGGAACACUGCGACUUAAAGACGUGAUAAGUAGGUUGAGUUUUCUUCGAGGACAGGGAAUCGUCAGCAUGUAUUCUUGGUCAAUCAAAAGGAGUUACGGAAACGGGUAUGUGUGGCAAGAUUUAUCCGAGAACGAUUUCAUUUACCCGAGUAGCAGCCAUGAAUAUGUCCUCAAAGGAACACAACUCAUGGAAACUUCAAGCUAUACAUCCAAUGAAACAAUAUUAUCAAUGCCAAGCUCCAAAAGUUCCAAUGAAAGAAACAGUUAUAGCAUGGAUGCUUCAGACUCCCCUUCUUCCACCAUGAAGGAUUCGCAACGCGAUUGCAAGCUUUACAAGGCAAGAAUAUGCAGGGAGUUUGCUGAAAAGUCUUUUAAUGCUUCGACGCAGACCGUGGAGAUGACAAGUAGGAAUAGGAUGGAAAUGGAUCAGCAAGGUGAAACGCGUUAUCCAGGAAAUGUUGCUGCAAGGAAGUUUGAUGAGAACGGAUCCAGCUCCAAUUUUGAAUCAUUAGACGGGUAUUCUUUGGAAUCAGCAGAUAUCAGAAACCAAAAGAUAGAGAAUGAACGUCCAAGUGGGAGGAUGAGAGCAACACAAGUUCUCAUGCAGUUGGUUAGCUGUAGAAGUACUAUAGAGGAACUCUGA